AUGGUAAGUAGCAGGAGGGAUGUGGAAGUAAACAUCAAAGACAAGGUCAAGGCUAGGCUCAAGCAGGUCCAGGAGUUCAAAUACCUUGGUGUAACCGUAGAUGCCAGGGGAAUGUCGCAAGUGGUUAUAAGAGCUAGAGUGGCAGCAGCAUGGAACAAGUGGAGAGAACGGUCAGGUGUUAUCAGUGACAGGAUGAUGCCUAGGAAACUCAAGGUGAAGCUAUACAGCCCUAUAAUACGACCUGUGCUCCUAUAUGGGGCAGAAGUAUGGACAAUGGGAAAGAAGGAGGAGAGGAUACUGGAAGCGACAGAAAUGAGGAUGGUGAAAAGAAUCAAAGGUGUGACGCUGAGAGAAAGAACUGACAUCAGGAGAGAAUUGGAAAUGAGUGACAUCAACGAAAAGGUCAAGGUGAUAAGAAUGAGAUGGCAUGAAUCCUUAAAUGCAGGCAAUAAUACAUCGCCGCCAGUUGAAAGUCAGACACCAUUCAAGCCUGACAGGAGGCCAUCAAAAUCGAUGCCAGGGGAAACAUAA